AAAUUUCAGGUGAUGUUGUUGUCCGUGUGAAUGCUUUUAUGUUUCCAAAUAAAGUGAAAACUAAAUAGCAAUGCGAGAAGGAAACUAUGUUACGUUUGUGAUUCUGCAGUUUUGUAGUUUAUUACAUGUUGAACAGGGAUUUUAUGUUCCCGGUGUUGCACCAGUUGAAUUCAAAGAUGAUGAUCCAAUUGAAGUUAAGGGCAUAAAAAUAACGUCGACAAAAACAAUAGUACCAUAUGAAUAUUACUCGUUGCCAUUUUGUCGUCCUCAAGGCGCAAUACAUUAUAUUUCCGAAAAUUUGGGUGAGGUAAUGCGUGGUGACCGCAUCGUAAAUACACCUUUUGCGAUAUUUAUGAAACGCGAUAUAAAAUGCAACACAACGUGCUCAUCGCAUAUCCCGGUAUCUAUUAGCCCGGAGAAUUCCGAAAAUUUGGCAAGGAGGAUCAAGGAGGAAUAUCACGUGCACCUAUUAGUUGAUAAUCUUCCAUGUAUUACAAGAUAUCAAAUUGAAAGUACAAAUGAAGUGAUUUAUGAGAAUGGUUAUCGCCUUGGAUGGGAAGAUAACGGUCGUUACUAUGUAAAUAAUCAUCUUGACAUAAUUCUGCGCUAUCAUCAACCAAGACCGGGUGUUUAUCGUGUUGUUGGUUUCGAAGUACAGCCACAGAGUAUUGAUAGCAGUCGUUUUAAAUUUGCUUCUGACUCAUCGGAAUGUACAGUAACUGAUGGGAAAAACCAGGAAGUGGGAGAGGGUAUAAACAAUAUAAUUUGGACUUAUUCAGUGACUUGGGAAAAAAGCGAUGUUCCUUGGGCUAGUCGUUGGGAUGCUUAUUUGUCGAUGAAAGAUGUCCACAUCCAUUGGUUCUCAAUCGUAAAUUCAAUCAUUGUCAUCUUGUGUUUAUUUGGCUUCCUGAGCGUUAUCAUUGUUCGAACUGUGCGAAAGGAUAUUGCAAAAUAUAAUAAAAGCGAAGAGUUGGAUGACACUCUAGAAGAAUCUGGCUGGAAAUUGGUCCACGGUGAUGUAUUUCGUCCUCCUUCUAGUUCGAUGCUUUUGGUAAAUUUUGUUGGUACAGGUAUUCAGCUUAUUGGUAUGGUCGCUAUUACGGUUUUCUUUGCUAUGCUGGGGAUGUUAUCACCAGCAAGUCGAGGGUCAUUAAUGUCUGCAGCAAUUGUUCUCUUCUGUUUAAUGGGUCUCGUUGCUGGUUAUCAUGCUGGUCGUCUUUACAGGACGUUGAAAGGCACAAGCCCUCGAAAAUGUGCAUUCCGAACAGCUGUGCUUUUCCCUUCAAUCAUCCUUGGUACCGGCUUUUUGCUAAACUUCUUCCUGAUUGGAAAACAUUCAUCCGGAGCUAUACCAUUUACAACGAUGAUAGCACUCCUACUUCUGUGGUUCGGGGUUGACCUGCCGCUUCUAUUCCUUGGGUUUCAUUUUGGUUUUCGAAAGCAGGCUUAUUCGCAUCCAGUUCGUACAAACCAAAUUCCACGUCAAGUUCCAGAACAACCUUGGUAUUUGCAGACAUUACCAUGUAUGCUUCUUGCGGGGAUUCUUCCAUUCGGAGCUGGUUUCAUCGAAUUAUUCUUCAUAUUUUCUGCUAUUUGGGAAAAUCAAUUCUACUAUCUUUUUGGAUUUCUCUUUAUCGUCUGUGUCAUUCUCUUCAUAUCAUGCGCACAAAUCUCCAUUGUUGUAGCUUACUUCCUUCUGUGCGCUGAGAAUUAUCAUUGGUGGUGGAAAUCUUUUGUUAUCAGUGGUGGAUCUGCAGUUUACGUUAUGGGAUAUGCAGCGUUCUACUACUUCAGCAAGCUAAACAUCGUUGGCUUCAUUCCGACACUUCUCUACUUCAGUUAUAGCUUUCUGAUGGCAUUAGCAUUUUGGAUCUUGACAGGCACAAUUGGUUUUUAUGCGGCUUACUCCUUUUUAUGCCGAAUUUACGCUGCUGUUAAGAUUGAUUAAUGCAGAAAAUUAAUUUGGCAUCUUGCAAAUUAUGUAGCUAAGGCCGAUUUCUGCUUUUACCAACAUAUGCUUGUUCAUUAUAUCUAUUAUCUUAUGACGAAACUAAACAGGG